AUGAUCAAAGAGGAACUGCAUCUAAAUGAGGGAACUUCUAAAAUUGCCAUGAAUGCCCCAAGUAUUGAAGGAAAAGAAAUCAUUGGUAACCAACACAUUGCCUACAAUGGAGCAGUCACUCUAACUUCCCUUCUGACAUUAACCAACCAUGCUGCUUCACGAAACUUGAGUGACGAAGAUAAUUCAAGCAAUGCCCCUUCCAAGAGAUUAUCCCAAGAAAAUUCUAUUGAGGAGCCUGCAAAUUUAACUAUGUAG